UUAGAGCUUCCCCCUAAUAAAUUUCAUGUUACAUGUCAAAAUAUAUUACAGUUACAUCUGUUUUCUUACCUUUUAAUAUUAUAGUAUGUUUCGCUCUUUAUUAAAUAGAAGCAAUAGACCAGUCCUAACAGCCAUCCGACAUUUUUGCACAGUAAAGGAUGCAACCAAAUUGAAAAUUGCUGUUUGUGGAGCAGCUGGGAAAAUUGGCCAAAUCGUUUCAUUGUUUUUAAAACAAUCGGCGUAUCCAAUGGAGCUAGCAUUGCACGACAUAUCCCCAAAUUUAUCGAACAUAACACGACAAUUGAAUUGUAUAAGUACCCGAAAUACUGUGGAGGGAUUCUUGGGACCAAUGCGAAUGAGAGCAGCGCUGAAGGAUGCCGAUAUAGUUAUUGUACUUGUACGAGCAAGGCAUUAUUCCAAGACUUCCAACAGUGAUUCAUUUGAGCAAAAUUUUCCGAUUAUAGCAACAAUCGUUAAAACUUGCAUAGAAGUCAGCCCUCAAGCCAUUCUUGCUAUCGGAACAAAUCCUUUGAACUGCGUCAUCCCAGCUGUGGAGGAAAUAUAUAAAAAUUUCGACAUCUGGUAUGCGAAUAAGAUCAUUGGAAUCACAGCGGCAGAUAGCAUGCAGGCAUGUUCAGUAUACGCCGAUAUGUAUUCGCUGGACCCCAAUGAUGUUUUUGUCCCCAUUACUGGAGGAACAACUGUUGAUACCAUCCUGCCCUUAUUUUCCCAAAGUCGUCCAGCGCCACAUAAAACUUUCAGUCGCGAAGAAGCCGAAAAGCUAACAAGUCUUUUUCUAGAGUCUAAAAGCCAAGAGGGUGUUUCCGAACUAUCCUCUGCCUUUGCUAUUUACUGUUUCAUUGAGUCACUGGUUCGAGCGUUGAAUGGCGAAAAGGACAUUGUGGAGUGCGCCUUUGUGGCAUCAUCUGCGAAUCCACCAUUGAAAUAUACGACCUCGUUAAUUGAUUUAACUGAAGAGGGUGUAGCUAAUGUGUACGGAUUGCCAACGUCCAUCAGUCGAUAUGAGAGGAAACAGUUGCAAACAGCCAUGAAUAAUUUGCAACGUGAUAUAACGAUGGUUGAAAAGUAUUUGACUACGGCGAAUUAUCAAAUAAAAGAUACUAAGCUGAAAUUUGUGUAAUGUAGAUGUAUUUGUGCCUGUGUUUUGUUAACUUGGCCUCAU